AUGUACGAGUACCUUCGCGACAAACUUGACGGAUUUAUUACUUUUACUGACCUUGAUGCGCCCCCAAGCGUAGAUCAAGUUUGUAGGACCCCGAUGAGCUCAAAUAAACCUGAACUUGUUAUCAUUGAUGACUACAGCAGCGACAAACUACUUCAGAAGAAUCUGUUUUCUCACUACUUUACUCGUGGCUGCCAUUUCAAAUUGAGUACCUUUUUCCUUAGUCAUAGCUACUUCGCCACUGACAACAUGAUUAUAUUGAAUGCAGAGUAUGUAUCUAUUCUAAAAGCUAAUUCCAAGCGUGAUUUGGUCAUGGUUGUGAAGGACUUCAAUAUACCGGGGGCUGAUGAACGUAGUAUCGUAUACUACUACAACAAAGCCACGGAAAGUAAAUUAUUUGUGGAUUCGGUUAAAGGUCAGCUUCGGUACAGCUUCGAUCGCCCUAUUACAAUCCUUUCGGAAUAA